GCGCGUGAAUGCCUGCUUUACCGCCAGUGCUGCCACCGUCGGCAAAACCCACAACCAAAAAAAUCGACGUCAAACAUGUCAGACACAUAAUGGCGGAGGUUGUGUUGUUUUUUACAGCCAGUCAGCCCCGGUAAUGAUUUUUCGUCAAAUUACGCUAUCAAACUCGAAGUAUGCGCGGUUAAUGAUAGAGUUUUAUUCAAACGUUGUCUAAUUGACUUUAUAGCGUAGAGGUAUUUAAUUUACUAUAAUGAUAUUAAGUUUGGUGCUGUCGCGUUGGUUUUAUUGAAUUAGAGUGGUGGUGUGGGUUGUGUUUGGGACGGUGCGGCGGUGCCAUGGGGGCGCAGCAAGCGAAGGAGCGCGGGACCUCGAGCGGGGCUUCGAUGCGUUCCGCGAGGAGCAAGCCCCGUGUGCCCAAGGACCCCCGCAUUCUUGGCUCGAACAUUUUCACUGAACACAGCGAAGCGCUGCUCCAGAGCCGUCCGCUGCCUCACAUCCCGGACCUGCCGGAUGGCGAGACCGCUCCCGCCACCCCGCAGCCCCUCGACACCGCCAACAGAUGGACCUCCAAAGAGAACCUUCUCGCGCACCACGAGGAGGACGAUCCGCAGCUGUUCGUCGCCCUCUACGACUUCCAAGCUGGCGGGGAGAACCAGCUCAGCUUGAAGAAAGGCGAACAAGUCCGCAUAAUGAGCUACAACGCUUCGGGCGAGUGGUGUGAGGCGCACACGCUGAGCGGCGCGCUGGGUUGGGUGCCAAGUAACUACGUCACACCCGUCAACUCGCUAGAGAAGCACUCCUGGUACCACGGGCCGAUUUCGCGGAACGCCGCCGAGUAUCUGCUCUCGUCGGGUAUCAACGGCAGUUUCCUGGUCCGCGAAUCGGAGUCGAGUCCGGGCCAGAGGAGCAUAUCGCUGAGGUACGAGGGCCGAGUGUACCACUACAGGAUCAACGAAGAUUCCGACGGAAAGGUGUACGUGACAUCGGAGUCCAAAUUCGGCACACUAGCCGAACUAGUCCACCACCAUUCCGUUCUCGGGGACGGACUUAUCACCCAACUUCUCUACCCGGCUCCGAAGCGCAACAAGCCCACUGUGUUCCCUCUCGCCCCGCCUGAUCAGUGGGAGAUCGACCGCACAGAUAUAGUGAUGAAGCACAAGCUAGGAGGUGGACAGUAUGGCGACGUCUACGAGGCUGGUUGGAAGAAGUUUAACAUUACGGUCGCCGUUAAAACCCUUAAAGACGACACGAUGGCCCUAAAAGACUUCCUUGAAGAGGCCGCCAUCAUGAAAGAAAUGCGACACCGGAACCUAGUCAAACUCCUCGGCGUGUGCACAAGAGAACCACCCUUCUACAUCAUCACCGAGUUCAUGUCUCGAGGGAAUCUGCUGGAUUACUUGAGGAACGGCAACCGGCAGCAGAUCGACGCGGUGGUGCUCAUGUACAUGGCCACGCAGAUCGCCGAAGGCAUGAGCUAUUUGGAGAGCAGAAGCUUCAUACACAGGGACCUCGCGGCCCGCAACUGCCUAGUAGGGGAGAGCCACCUCGUAAAAGUGGCCGACUUCGGCCUCGCCCGUCUCAUGCGAGACGACACUUACACCGCCCACGCCGGCGCCAAGUUCCCCAUCAAAUGGACGGCGCCUGAAGGCCUGGCUUAUAACACAUUUAGUACCAAAUCUGACGUCUGGGCCUUCGGUAUUCUACUGUGGGAGAUAGCCACUUAUGGAAUGUCACCGUAUCCUGGAGUGGAUUUGGCUGAUGUCUAUCAUAUGCUUGAGAAGGGCUAUCGCAUGGAGUGUCCCCCCGGCUGCCCCCCGGCCGUGUACGAGCUCAUGCGCCGCUGCUGGCAGUGGAACGCCCCCGACCGCCCCACCUUCCACAAGAUCCACCACGACUUGGAGCACAUGUUUCAGGACAACAGCAUCACCGAGGAGGUAGAAAAGCAACUGCAAGAGGGCGGAGCCUCCACCGGGACUCCACAGAUGUCUCUAAAGAAGAGCGGAGGCGAUGCGGCUCGCGUCCAGAUGCGGCGGCCUACCAACCGGCGGGGAAAACAAGCACCAACUCCACCUAAGAGGACCAGUUUACUUUCGUCAUGCAGCUCGUUUCGCGAGUCGCAGUACAACACGGAGGAGCAGCAGGACGACGGGUUGGCGUCGCUCAACGGGGGGGCGCGGGCUCGGGAGGCGUCCUCCGAGGGGUCGCUCGCGGAAGCGACCCCCGACACGGAUGAGAGCGGAGGCGCGGCAGCGGGGGGUGAACACAGGCACCGGGCCAAGCGCCGGCACAACCAGCCAGAGCAGAAGCAGGGCGUCCAAGUAGCAGCCCUAGAGGUCCAGAACGUGAAGCGGGCCAUCAACCGCUACGGGACCCUGCCCAAGGGCGCUCGCAUCGGCGCCUACCUCGAGUCCCUACGACAAUCAGGAGGCGCCGCGUCCGUCACCCGAGAACCCGAGGAGGCCCGAUCCUUGUCCCCUCGCACCCGAGCCCAACCGCACAUGAUCCGCUCCAACUCAUCCGGAGGAGUCACCGCCCCUGCCCCUGCAUCCCCACGCUCAAACAGAGCCCCUUUACGUUCCUUCAACAGUCCCGCGAAACCCCGCCCCCGUCUAGCAGAACUAGAAUUCCCCCCACCCCCACCAGAUCUCCCUCCACCCCCAGAAGAAACACAACUCCCACCACCCCCGCCACCUGACGCUGAAGACGACCAAGAAGAAGAAAAAAGCCACAAGCAAACCAUGAAGGAAAUGCUUGAGCUCAAACUAGUAGCUGAAAUCAAAGAAAGAGCUGAUAAAAAGAAACACAAACUUAAAGACUCACCACCUCCUAACGAUUUAGUCAUGCAAACUUCCUUCGGAGAUCCAGUGACUAGACUGGUCUCAGAGCUUUCUGAAAGCUUAAACAUGGAAGCGUUAAAGAAAUCUGAUAAAAAAGAGCAACCCAAAGAGACGGUAUCCCCCAUAGACCUCAAAGCGGGCUUAAGGAAAACCUCAUACAACAACAUUCAGAAGACUGAUGAGAAGCCGACGGACUUCAAAUCGCAACUCAAAAAGGUUGACAAGAAAGUCGCCGCCAAAGAGGAGGAAUCGCGAUCUAUUAUAGACUUUAAAUCGCGCUUACGGAAGGUCGAUAGUUCAACGCCAGCAACGAAUGGAACGAAAAAUUCUCCCGACCAGGAUUCUAAAAAGAGUGAUGAGCGCAAAUCAGACUCAGGGUCUUUAGAGACAGAGGAAGAGGAUAAAAGAAGGAGCACAGGGAGCAUUAGUAGCUUGAAGAAAUUGUGGGAGAAUAAGGAAUCGGAUGAGAGAUUGAGUCCAAAGUUGAAGUUGAGAGGAGAUGACAGUGAGGAGACUUCUCCUGAAGAACGCACCAGCCAUAUAGGCAGGAGCGGUAGCGUGUGCAAAAGGGACGAGAAGCCAGCCGUCCCCAGCAAACCGGCGGUAAAGUGCCGCCCCUUAAAGGGGGGGAUAUACGCCACCCCCAUCAGCAGCGAGGAGGCGGAGGAGGACGCGCUCGCCAGGCUUCGGUCGUCCUUGGAGAGCUGCACUAAUGAUGUCCGCCGCGGCUGCACGGGCGGCGGGCGCGGUUCCCUCUGGCGCCUAACAACGUCCGAGCGGCUUGCGAGCCUCGGGGCGGCCUGCACCGCGGCCGCGGUCGCAGCGCCGCCGCAGCUGCGAGUGCAACUGCGCGCCGCCGCCGCCAGACUGGAGAGUGAGGCGCGGGCCCUAGCGUCGCCCGCGCCUCCCGCACAUCAUCUCGCAGAGGGUGUUGAGAAAGCCCUCCGAGAGCUGCACGAUAUCGUUACUAGGUAAACAGCCUACGCUCCACUUCGCCUUGGGAACCUCGAGCACUGAGAUACCCUAACUGUAAUUAUACUCAUUCAGAUACCGAUAUAAUGUAAUAUUAUGAGAACUAUCUCCCCUCUCAAAUGAGAGGAGGCCUGUGCUCAGCACCCGGGUAGCAUUUAUACGUCAUUAUGACGUCCGUCACGUCAUUAUGACGUAUAAAUGACGUCACUUGUACGUAGCUGACGUCACUGCUACCUCGGCAGUGGGAUGCAAUAUAGGCUGACAUUAUAUGAGAACUAUUCCAACUAUUUAUAAAUAUCACCUUAUAAAGUUUAACCUCAUGAACGCUAUGUGGACAAGUGUUUGAUGCCAUUAAAAAUACACUCGGAUUUUAUGAAUGUGUUGGUAUGAACCAGUCUUAUGAGUCUAAAAAAGAAUUCUACUCAGUUUUAGAGUUUGUGAAAUAGUAAGAGUGCUUUAAUAUUUAUUGUGAUCGGAAUAGGCAGAGUAUAAAUAGCUAAACUUGGUAGAACAAAGUCACUUUAUGAUUAUAAAGCAAACUUUAUAGAAAUAUUUUCAGUAUGUUUUGUUUUUCAAUAAGUAACCUUCAUAUUUAAUGAAGAUUAAAAUUUUGUUGUCGAAUUUGUUCUUUAUAAAGAACUCGGGAAUGCUAAAUAAUUUGAUUUUAAAUUGUGUUAAAAAAAAUGAGUCUUCCUAAGAUGGGCUGAUACUCUAAAUUCUAAAACAAUGAGUUGAGUCUUAAAGAGGACUUAAAAGACUCGAUCCUACCAAAACUACAUAUUUUAUAUGUGCUUUAAUAUUGGUAAAAUGGUAUCUACCAUAUGGUGCUUAUACAGCGGCGUGAAAAAGGUAAUACAAAUUUUGUAUAGGAAUGUUUUGUGUUAUACUUAUUUAGAUUUUGACCUGACUUCAUUUUGAUCUCAAAUAAAAAAUACAAGGAAGACACUUAACUUAUCCUCCUAAGGCCCACCACACAAAAAAAAGUCCUUAGAAUUUGAAUUAUUGAAACAGAUAUAUGGUUGAAUUUCUUUUGUUUUGAAAUCGAACGAAACAAAAGAAAUGCGACUGUUCCAAUUGAAAAUGGUUUAAAUUACAUUGAAGUUAUUAGUACUACAGGUAGGACGUUGGGCCUUACGUAUUUAAUGUGUCAUACAUAAGUCAUAAUUUGAUUAUUGUGACUUGUGACGCAUUUGAUUAUUGUGGCAUGUAAUUGCGUAUAAUACAAGUAUGAUUGGAAGUUGUGUUAUUUUAUAUAAAAAUACAGGUAUUAUUUAAGGAGCAGUAUUCCUUCACUGAAAAAAGUAUUUAUAUCGUUGUUCAUUAUAUUUAUUUUUAAUUGUUGUGUAAAACAAAACAUUUCUACAGACGCAUUCCUCGUUAUCGAGCAUAGAGACUGUCACUUCCAUCUUUCCAUUAUGUCAACGUUGUUGUGACAAUAGCAAUAAAGCUGCAUUUCCACUGAGGCGGAGAUGAGAGAAAUCAACCAAAAGUAUUUGUGUUAAUCCAGCACGUUCGACGUGUUGCUUCUCUGUCGCACUUGUAAAUUCGUACGUAAGUGUGACAGGGAGGCAACACGUCGAACGUGGUCCUCGGUGUACCAUGUUGUUAUUGUCAUGGCAAA